AUGAAGAGCAGGUUGAAGAGUUACAAGAGGAAGAAGCUAGGGUUAGCCACAGUCAUCGUCUUCUGUUCUCUCUGUUUCCUCGUCGGCUUCUACGGCUCCACUAUACUUUCUCAGAAUGUGCCUGGAAUUAGACCCAAGUUGAGAAAGUUGGAGUUGGUGAAAGAUGGGGAAGAAGAAGCUGGCUCGAUGCCUCAUGGUGUUACCGGAGAUGAAUCCGUUGGAUCGAUUCCGUUUCAGGUGUUAAGUUGGAAACCGAGGGCUAUAUAUUUUCCGAAUUUUGCAACAGCAGAGCAAUGCAAAACUAUUAUUGAGAGGGCAAAGGUUAAUCUGAAACCUUCUGCUUUGGCUCUCCGAAAAGGAGAAUCUGCUGAGAGCACCAAGGGCACUAGAACAAGCUCAGGGACUUUUGUUAGUGCUUCGGAAGAGAGUACUGGUACUCUGGAAUUUGUUGAAAGAAAGAUUGCAAGAGCUACAAUGAUCCCAAGGACCCAUGGAGAGUCAUUCAAUGUUUUACGGUAUGAAAUUGGCCAAAAGUAUGAUUCACACUAUGAUGUUUUCAAUCCAACAGAAUACGGACCACAAUCCAGCCAAAGGAUUGCUUCCUUCCUGUUGUACUUAUCUGAUGUAGAAGAAGGUGGCGAAACCAUGUUCCCAUUUGAGAACGGUGCUAAUAUGGGCAUUGGAUAUGACUACGUGAAAUGUAUCGGUCUGAAAGUAAAGCCUCGGAGAGGAGAUGGUCUUCUUUUUUACUCCGUGUUUCCUAAUGGAACAAUUGAUCAGACUUCGCUUCACGGGAGUUGUCCGGUGACCAAAGGAGAGAAAUGGGUAGCCACCAAAUGGAUCAGAGACCAAAUACAGCAAGACUGA